ACCAGCAAACUUUUGCUCCAAUAGAAAAACUUUCGCCUCGCGGCGUCCAAAACCCGAAAAGGCGCAACGAGCUGGAGGGAAAACGUGCAUCCAAGCGGGAGCAGACGAGAGGACGAGAGGGAAAAAUUCAAAAUUUUCGGGACAAUUCACUGGCGGCAAUGCGACGCUAUAGCUAUCCCCAUUUCAUCGACCCGCGGCGCCGUGAUCUGACCCUCCCGCUUCCAAAAUCACCACAUCCAUCCAACAAAUACCUUCCCUCUCGAGACACCCCAAAACAGGAAGAAAUCGGCUGCAGGCCUCGCCGCACCAAAACCCUCGUUCCAUUCUGACAUCUGAGCGAGUUUCGAGCUCUUCUUCUCCCCUUCCUCUUUCCAUGGGGGCGAAAGGCGCGGCGAAAGGCGCCUGUCGCGAGGAGAGUGUGGCCGUGCCCGAGCAGACGGAGGAGGUCAAGGCGGCGGCGCCCAGGAAGCGCAACCCGUGCCCCGGACUCCGCUCUGUCGGCGGCCGGAUCUAUGAUCCGGAGAACGGGAAGACCUGCCACCAGUGCCGUCAGAAAACAACAGACUUUGCGGUGUCUUGCAAGCAGCCGCAGAAGAGGGGGCUGUGUCCGAUCCACUUCUGCCACAAGUGCCUACUUAACAGGUAUGGCGAGGAUGCUGAGAAGGUGACCAAGGAGGAGGCCUGGAUCUGCCCCAAAUGCAGGGGCAUCUGCAACUGCAGCUUCUGCAGAAAGAAGAACGGUGAGAUGCCGACUGGAAUACUGGCCCAUGCUGCCAAGGCAUCGGGGCAUUCUUCCGUCCAUGACUUGCUUAUCAAGGGCUCAGACAUGGUGGCUGCUGCGCAGACGCUGACAUCGCUCCCUCUGAAGGUCAAGAAGGGCAACCCAAAGAGGGCCCUGGAGACAGAUGAUGCUACCAAUGGAUUGUUGGCUCAAGGGGAUGAGAAUAUAGGGAUUGAUCUUAAUGCACUUCCUUCGGCCCCUGUCAAUAAGAAGCUGACGAAGAGCAAAUGCAGGGUAGACAACAUGACCGCUGAUGAAAAACUCCCUGUUGAAAAUAAGGACAGACCUCAAGUGAGAGGUGACAGCACUGAUGUUUGCACGGAAAAACUUGUGCUACCCAGUGGUACUCCUGUCACUAACAUUGUAGGCAUUGAGCUGAAAACUGAAGAUGCAGGGCCAGCUAUUCAAUUUUAUGAAUUCUGCCGCACAUUUGCAGAGGUUUUUCAAAUAAGGAAGGGACAACCAGAAAAGGUUCUUCAAGUCAUAACUGGAGGAGGUCGUAUAUUUCGAGAGGUGCCUGCAGUUGUUGCUGAACUUCACAUCAAUUUGUUGUCUGUCAUCCAGGAAGACAGAGAAGAGAACCCUUUAGAUUAUUCAAGAGAUAAAGAUACUUGGAUAAAUGAUAUUGGCAAAUAUAUUAGUGAAUUAACACUUCUCUCAAAGGAAUUGCCUGCCGGCUGUUUAAACCAAGGGGUAUUGGGAUAUAAAGGUCUGAGCCCUUCCUUGAAGCUGCAUGUGCUGAAUUUACUGUGUGAUGAGACCCUUUCUACUACAAAGUUGAGGAACUGGAUUGUCAAUCAAAAUGAAAGUGCAACUGAGAGAAAGAUGGCUGCUAGAGAACAAAUUCGUGCCGCGAAGGAAAAGGAAAAGGAGCUAAAGGACAGACUAAAGAAUGAGAUGGCUAAACCAAUGUUUGUGAGAAAAGGAGCGGAAAUUAAUUGUCUGAUUUCUCAAAUAAAGGAGGCAAACAAAGACAAGGAGGCAGCCGUCAAUGAGGGGAAUCAUGGAGGAGCACUUAGAACAAAGCCUGUCAGGAUAGACAAAGGGGUAGCAUAUUGGAAGUUCGAUGGUUACUAUAAUAACACAGCAAUACUGCGCCAAGAGUUUGACGCAAUGGGGAACAAUGACACAUGGUUUAUGUUCACUGAAGAGGAAGAAAAAGUAAUUGGACAAUAUGUAGCCUCAAGGUAGGUGCACUUAUAGCUGAGACCUGGGAGCUUUUGUAGAGGAUGUAGGCAGUUGAAGUUUUUGCUGGGAAGUUAUGCAAUUGCACAACAACAAAUCACCUGAAGAUGCCGUCACAGCAUUUGAAUCCAAAGUUUGAAAUAUAUUUUGUCCAGACUGAAACUCAGGAAGUUGUUGUAAAACAUUGCAAUUGUUCCCUUGAUGUUAGUAACCGAAUGGAAGGCUGGGAGAGCUUUCACUGCCUUGUGCCAAAUUUUAGCAUUAUUAUUUAAAAUGCAUAUCAAUCAGGCUGGUUGUAUAGUGAA